UCACGCAUAUUCUUUGUAGUUUGUAAUAAAUUAAUUAAAAUGUUAUCCCGUAAAUAUAUGUAUAUGUAAGGGCAUUUUGUCCGUUUUUCCCCAUAUUCCGAUACUCAUCACCCCCCUCAUCCCCUCUCCCGCCACCUUCCCAACCCGACAACCGCCCCUUCACCAACUCCACAAGUAAAGUACAAAAUUCGUUACUAUACAAUCGAUAUUCGCCUCACUACCGGAGACACUGUACGAUGCCGGAAGGGGAGCGGCCAAGGGCGAGGCAAAAUCGAGCUUCGACGAGCAGAGAACCGGCGAGAGCGACGCGCGUGUCGCUCAAGUUGCUGCUCCGAGUCGCCUCCGUCGCCGGCGGGAUACAGUUCGGAUGGGCGUUACAGCUGUCUCUGCUCACUCCCUACGUGCAGGAGCUCGGAAUCCCUCACGUUUGGUCCAGCAUCAUCUGGCUCUGCGGCCCGCUCUCCGGCCUGCUAGUUCAGCCGCUGAUUGGAGUCCUCAGCGACCGAUGCACCAGCAAGUUCGGCCGCCGCCGCCCCUUCAUCCUUGGCGGUGCCGUCUCUAUCAUGAUCGCCGUGAUUGUCAUCGGUUUCUCCGCUGAUAUCGGCUGGCUGCUCGGCGAUCGCGGCGAGGUUAAGGUCGGCGCCAUCGCCGCCUUCAUUGUAGGGUUUUGGCUCCUCGAUGUCGCCAAUAACAUGACUCAGGGACCUUGUAGAGCUCUUCUCGCCGAUCUCACUAAAAAGGACCAUCGGAGGACCCGAGUUGCAAAUGCAUAUUUCUCCUUGUUCAUGGCAGCUGGUAACAUCCUUGGCUAUGCAACUGGAUCCUACAGUGGAUGGUAUAAGAUAUUUCCUUUUACCCUCACUGCUGGAUGCGGGGUCAACUGUGCAAACCUCAAGUCUGCUUUCCUUCUUGACAUUAUUUUCAUUGUAAUAACUACAUAUAUAAGCUUAUCAGCAGCCCAUGAGCAACCUCUGGAUUCCCAUCAGGGUUCUGCUCAAACUGGUGGAGAUGCUGAACAGUCAAGCCAUGGUGAGGAAGAACCUUUUCUCUGGGAACUGUUUGGAACAUUUAGAUAUUUCCCAACUACUGUUUGGAUAAUUCUGCUUGUUACUGCUCUGACAUGGAUUGGCUGGUUCCCGUUUAUUCUCUUUGAUACUGAUUGGGUGGGUCGUGAAAUUUAUGGGGGUGAGCCAAAUGAAGGAACAAAUUAUAGUACCGGAGUCAGAAUGGGGUCACUGGGUCUAAUGUUGAAUUCUGUGGUCCUUGGAAUUACUUCUGUGUUCAUGGAGAAGCUAUGUCGAAAAUGGGGGGCUGGUUUUACGUGGGGAGUGUCAAAUAUUGUCAUGGCUCUCUGCUUUAUAGCAAUGCUUAUAAUUACUGCCGUCAGGAACCACAUGGACAUUGGUAUCAGUGAUCCUCCUCCAGAUGGCAUUGUUAUUGCAGUGUUGGUAGUAUUCACUAUUCUUGGGGCUCCACUAGCUAUAACUUACAGUGUACCAUAUGCAUUGGUAUCUUCACGCAUUGAGGCUUUGGGGCUCGGCCAAGGACUAUCAAUGGGUGUACUAAAUCUGGCAAUUGUUAUACCCCAGAUGUUCGUUUCCCUUGGUAGUGGACCCUGGGAUGAGCUAUUUGGUGGAGGAAAUUCACCAGCCUUUGUUGUGGCAGCGAUUUCUGCAUUUGCUGGUGGACUCGUGGCCAUCUUGGCUAUACCUCGAACAAAAGUUGACAAGCCGAAGAUUCUCCCUUAAGGUUUUUAGACUUGCAGAUUAUAAAUCCUUGGUUUCUCUGGAUAGGUUUCCACAUCUCAUUGUGAUGUAUGCUUGAUGCAGCUGUUUAAUCUCCACACAAGUCUUGCAGGUACUUUUGACUUGGUUCUUGCCAGUUUACUUGUAGCCUGUUUGACAAUUGCUCAAAUGUAAAGUUUUAAGAAUCCAGCAUUUACUGUGAGGUAUUUUGUCGUAUUCAUUUUAUUUUAUUGUCCAACAGGAGAAUAUGCAUGAAGAUUUUGUAAAUAAAUUGUCAUUGUCACUUCAUUGAUUUUAGUGAAAUGAUUUCUGCAAUACAUGCAUUGCUCUCUA